AGUAGCUAGAAUGAAAAGGCUAGCGCAUUCGAGAAAACCCCCUUUCUAGAAUCUAAACGCUAUAAAUAAUUAAAUGUUUGAAACUCAUCACCGCAAUACAAACAAUCCUAAUAAAAAGCACAUAAAAUAAAAGUAAUAUAAUUAAUAUCUAUGGCGAAGCAGGCUCGUACAGUUGGGAUAGGGAUGGACUACUCAGCAACCAGCAAAGCAGCCCUUCGAUGGGCCGUUGAUAAUCUUAUCGACGGCGGAGAUCACAUCAUUCUAAUCCACGUUGAGCCUCCUAAUGCUGAUCAUUCCAGGAAGCAGCUCUUCGAAGAUACUGGGUCACCUUUGAUUCCUUUGGAAGAAUUUAGAGAGAUAAAUUUUUCAAAGCAGUACGGACUGAAAAACGAUGCGGAGGUAAUUGAUAUUCUAGACAGGGCUUCAAGGAGCAAAGGGGCUAAGGUAGUGGCCAAAGUGUAUUGGGGAGACCCCAGAGAAAAGCUUUUGGAUGCAGUUGAACAACUCAAGCUUGAUACUCUUGUCCUUGGCAGCAGGGGUUUAGGCCCCAUCAGAAGGUUAUUGCUUGGCAGUGUUAGCAACCAUGUGGUGUCAAAUGCGUCUUGUCCAGUUACUGUGGUGAAGGGAUCUCAAGCCAAACCCAAAUCCUAAAAAUCUGGCACCCGAUUACAUAGUUUGCCCUUACUCAAGUCCUCCAUGUCUUUGCUUUUCAUGUGUAAUUUGACUUUGUUAAAAAAAAUUGUGUAAUUUGAAGAACUUGAAAGUACAUUUUAAGGCGAACUCUUGUUUAAUUUGAUUAAAGAUUGGUGUGUUAUUCAUGUUA